CUUUAAUUAUCACCAUACUUUUGACCAAACUCAGCAAGCAAUUAAGCAAGCAUUGAGUUCUCCUUGCAAAUAACCUUUCUAACGCAACCCUCCACAAGAACUUCGCAAACUCAAGCCACCCAUCGCGAACACCGCCGAUCCUCCUAUCCUCUCGAUAAGCGCACAGCGUAACCCACCACCAACCAACCAAGAUGUCGUACAACUCCUCCCAAACCUCCUACUUCGAGUCCUCGUCCUCAUACUCCUCAUCCUCCUCCUCGUCGAGCGACCAGAACCAACAACAACAACCACCAAAAACCCACGAAUCCGGCCACCGCGCGGCCUUCGCCUCGCACACCGACCCGGAGGGCAACACCACCGUCCGCACCGGCCACCAGAAUCUGGGUGAGGAGCCCGUCCUCAAGGAGAAGCGCUUCAGUACCUCUGGGCGCGAGCGCGAGAUGAUGUUGGCGGCGGGCACCCCCAUGGGCGGGGUCAGCCGCAUCCAGGAUCUGGAUGAGUCGACGGGCGAUACCUACUAGUCUUCCAACGGUGUCUUCUGCUUGUUCAGUGGGGUGGUGAAUGUGUUUUUCGGGGGUGGUUUGUAUCCGUGAGGUGGUAAUAUUCAUGCUGGAUAUGAGACACGUUCCCUGCUGCACUGAUUUGAAUGAACUUGAUAUACGUUUAUUGAUGAAUACAUGAUAUGAAUUUAUGGCUGGGAUUUUUUUCUUUUGUGUGAUGCGGGUGUUGUUGGUAUAUCAUCUGGGUUUUUUUUUUCUUUUUGGAAGGAAGGUUAGAUAGGGCUAGUUGUAUCUCUCGGGAUAAUAUUGAUGAUUGAUUAUGAUUGUUGGGAGAGGUUUGAGAAG